UUGAAUAAAACUGCUAUAAUUAUGAGAUUGGACAAAUUUUUUCAGUUCGUAAUAACGAAGUGUAAGAUUAAUGAAUUUUCAUAGCUAAAACAUUAAAAAGCACAAAAUUGGCUAAAUUAUAAAAAGUAAGAAUGAAAACUUUGCACGUUCAUAUGCGCGCGCCUAUAACUAGGCAUCGAACAAGUUUAGGAUUGCAAGGUGGGGCUUGUGGGUUGUCUAGGAUUCAGGAGCAGAGUCACGACUGAAAAUGGCAGAUCCUUCGCUGGUUAUUGAGUUAGCAAGGCAGGCUUGGAAGAUAGUUGAGAAGGGUCUCGAGCAUGAAACCACAGCUCGAAGCUUCGGGACCAUGCAGGACGAACUGCUUCCAAUGCUCGCAGAUAUUCAAGAACUGGCCAGGAAGAUGGAUCUCCGACCUGAAGAAAUUCAGAGUCUUGAGAGGAUCAUGAUACUGAUGCGAGAGGCUCGUCUUAAAUACUCCAAAAUCGAAUGCCGGAAUUGCUGCCUCGCGCCUUGUUACAAAGAAGAACUUGACAGAGCAGACCAGUCCAUUAAAGAUUUCAUACAGGGCAAACUGGCGGUGCAGACGGCGAGAACUGUGAUGGAAAUCCGACACCACCAACUCAUGACUACGGAACACGUUAGGCGUCCAAAACCUUUAAAGGCUGAUCUUGAAUCAUUGCCAGACUUCACAGUAGGAUUGGAUGGUCCCCUGAUGAACAAAUUGAGGUCUGACCUCAUCAGGGACGGUCGUGAUCAGGUCUUUAACUUGACUGGUUUUGCCGGCACCGGGAAAACCACCAUGGCCAAACUGCUCUGUUGUGAUAUGCAAGUCCGAGGGUGGUUCGACGACAAUAUCCUGUUCGUGUCUGUAGGUUCAGAGAUUGAAAGCAGAGGAGAUGUAGCUAUGGAACUGCAAGAUAAGUUGAGCGAAAAUGGGAGCAAGGCGGUGCUGGUGGUGCUCGACAACGUUGAGCGUGUCUCGUCAGAGCUUGUUGAGCAGUGUAGGACUCAAAUAUCAUCAAAUCCUAAAUCCAAAAUUUUAGUUAUUUCAAGAGUUGCACUCACAGGUUUGGGCACUCGAGAGCUCAUGACGCCGCUCGAAGAAGAUGAUGCAAGGACUCUUUUUCGUGAAAUUGUUCAACCAAGUGGCACCACGUCAUACAACAUCCCUGACCAUGAAACCUUCCUUCAGGUAGUGAAAGGUUGCGGAGGUUUUCCGAUAGCGAUCAAGCUAAUUGGGAAUGAUCUGCGUGGGAAGCCUAUUGAGUUCUGGCAGAAGUUAUUGAGAGAAUGGUCACGGCAAGGUCAGUCUAUUCUUCAAACUCAUUCAGAUUUGCUUGCUCGUCUGCAACAUUCAUUGCAAGUCUCAGAAGAAUAUAAACCCAUCAGUGAAUUCUUCAUGGACCUUGGCCUGUUUCCUAAGAAUCACAUGAUCCCCGUUACUGCCUUGGUUGACAUAUGGGUAGAACUCUACAAACAAGACGAGGACGGCAUAGAUGCCAUGAUCCUCGUCCACCAUUUGACAGCAAUGAACUUGGCUGAUAUGGUAGUUGAGAGGAGAGCUGGAAGUGAUGCAGACAAUUACUACAACAACCAUUUCCUAACACAGCAUAAUAUUCUUAGAGAGCUGGCCGUCAAAUAUUCAAGCGACCAGGCGGAAACUUUCAAGAGGAAAAGACUAAUCAUUGAAAUAAACGGACCUAAUCGUCCCGAAGGCUGGCCGCAAUCGCCGCAAGGUGUCCAUGCAUGCUUAUCAUUGUUGAAGGCAUCAAGGCGGCAAAGGGUAGCUGCUCGUCUGUUAUCCAUAUCAACUGAUCAAAAGGUCACUCCAGAUUGGUGUAACAUUCAAGCAGCUGAAGCUGAGGUUCUGGUUCUGAAUCUGCAAACUCAAGAGUACAAACUACCGAAAUUCAUGAAGAAAAUGAAAAACUUGAAAGUUCUUGUGCUCACACAUUACGGUCUCUACACCUCUGAGUUGAAAAAUUUGAAACUUCUCAGUUCUUUGUCGAGCUUAAAAAGAAUAAGACUUGAGAAGUUUUCGCUUGUUUCCCUCUACCGACUGAGGAACCUGCGAAAGUUGUCGUUUUACAAGUGUGGGGUGAUGCAGGCUUUCAAAAACUCUUGGAUUAACAUUUCAAAAAAAUUGCCAAAUUUGGUGUACCUGGACAUUGAGCAUUGCAAGGACAUGAUGGAGCUACCUCCAGCGUUGAGUAAUAUCGGCACACUGAAGAAGCUCAGUAUCAGUAAUUGCUCGACGUUCAGUGCAUUACCCAAAGAGAUUGAAAAGCUUCAGAACUUGGAAUUGCUAAGGGUUAGUAAGUGUGGUCUGUUUGAAGAAAUGCCAGAGUCCAUGACGAUGCUUCAGAAUCUAAGAUUUCUGGACGUGUCGUAUUGCGCGAGUCUGAGACAAGUUCCGAAGGAGUUUGCCAAGUUGAGCAACCUAAACAAGUUGUACAUGAUGGGGACCUCCAUACGAGAGCUUCCGGAUUCAAUCAUGAACAUGAAGCAUUUAAAUGUUGUCCUGUGCGAUGAAUUCGUGUUCGAUUUCUGGGAAGCUAUCAAACAUGUUUGUCCCAAACUCGAGAUACGCAAGGUCGCCACAUUUCCCUAAUUAACCCCGUGCAUCUCGUCUCUCGUCUACUUUUUCUUUGAAUCCUUCGGGUUUCUUUAACUGUUGAUGUCAUAGAUUAUUCUACGCAAUAAUACAAUGUCACCAUUGAAUAUGUUUUAAUAAUUAUUUAAAUUUUCCUACUA